UCGGGCAUUCGUAGCCUUUUUUUUUUUUUUGUGCGCGCGACUCGCAAAAGAGUUUACUCCGACCGGUUGUUGGCUCUUAGGGCGCUCCAACGCUUUUUAUUAUCGUUGCUGUAAUUAUCAUCAUCGCUGUGCACUGCUCUGUCCCAAACGAUCGUUUCUCAGUGUUACCGUACCACUGCCAGUGCUGAUGAAUUAAAUCGUCGCCGUUACGUGGAAAUUCUCAGGCGAUGUUAGAGCUACGGUUGCUCAUCGGCGCGUGGCUGUCGCUGCAGCUGCUCGGUAAGGGCGUGCGAGCGGGAUGUCCGCUGAAUCCAACUUCCGACCCGACAUCCGGCUCCAGGCUUCCCGGGGACGGUGGCUAUCGGAUUUUAAUCAGCGGCGACCACGAUAAGUACAUUCCGAGCGCGGUCUACACGAUCAGUCUCCAAGGUCCCGGUGACAGCGAGAGGCCGCAAGAGUUCAAGCGGUUUACGCUCUCGGUGGACUCGCAACACGCGCCGUUCAAUCCGGCAGCGCGGGUUGGCUUUUUUCAAAUAUUUCCCGACUCCCUGACCGAGUUCAAUGAGGACUGCGUCAAUACUGUUUCCGAAUUGUCGGAUUACCCAAAGUCCGAGUCACAUCUUUGA